AUUGAUAACGCCAGCAAUUUUAUCUAUACUCAUUGUGGUGGUUGGAGAAAAACAGAUUAAAAAUUGAUAUCAUAGCCAUUACUGAUCGGCUUAGCACUCUGCUGGAGAUGGCGUUGCAGAUUGCGCAUAAUAACCGUGGCAAUCCGCGCGCGCUGCAUCCUCCACCAGCCGCCGAGCUCGUCGAGGUGUUUGUGCUUUUUGUCAACACAACAAAUCGCACUGUUGAUCUCUAUUGGGUGUGCGACCGCGACACCGAAAACAUGUAUCUCAGCCUAAAGCCGUUCGAGGAGGUGCGCGUCAACACGUACAACACACACACCUGGCUCUUCCGCGACUACUACACUGGCGAGCGGAUGCACGUUAAGUCCAGGCGCAUAUUCGUCCCCGUUCCCAUGCGCGUCCCCAAGAACCCCCAACAUCCCGAGGAGCUGUGCGAUGUACGCAGCCAGGUAAACAUACAUUUUCCGAUGCGCAAGCUCAAGGACACCUGUCUGUGGCUGCUGGCACGCUACCUAAAUCGCACCAGCAACCAGCCCCGUCGACUCAUCAGCAACUAUAUGAUACCUUCGACGCUGAAGCAACAGUUGUUCGUCAUUCUAACCACCAUGGAGUCCUACUCGAGGACGGCUCGCAUCAGACGUCGUCGCGUCCGCGAGAUGAUAAAUAAUAUCUAAAUUGUGGCAUAAGGAAGGAAAGCCAAGCUUGAUUUCCAAAUAGUUUUAAUAAUAACUUUAAUUGAUUUUCAAUUGUAUCUUUCGUUUCUUUUCAUUCCUUUUGUUUGUUUGUUUCGUUCGUUACUUAUGUACAAAUUGGCUUGCAUAGAGCGUUUUAUAGGUUGGUUUUCUACAAUUGCAUUGAUUUUUGUAUUUUCUAACAGAUUACUUAUAAUUAAAUAUAUAUAUAAUGUGUUCUAUGUAUAUAUGUAUUAAUAUAUAUAUAUAUGGAUAAACCUAGUGUAAAACAAAUGUGAAUAUUACAUACAUAUAUGCGCAAUUCUCUAGAUCUAAAUGUUUUCAGAUGCCAGAUAAUUAAUGUAAAUGGUAUGUCUGCGUUGUUCCAUGCAAAAUGUUUAUCUACUUGUGUGUUGUGUCGCAAACUUAAUCUCUUUUAAGUCUGAAUCUGAAGUAUAUAUAUAUAUGUAUAUGUAUCUGAAAUAAUUCCUAAACACAAGAACACUGAAACGGCACAGAGCAAACAAAAUACAUAGCACGUUGGUGCAUUUACAUCA